AUGUUGGAGCCAAUACCAUUUUCUGUAUCCACACGUUAGUCGAGAGGAAUUGGGACCAAAUUUGGCACCAACGUGUAGAGUCUGCCUAAAUGCCUGUUCAUACUGUGGCCCGUAUUUAUAUCACACACAAGUCACAAAUUAUUUUUCCCCGUCCAUUGACGCGACCUUGCAUCGGUGUUCUAGUGACGUCAUCGUUUGGUCGAUAUCUAGAUGCUCGUUUGUUAUUAACCCAAUAGUUGAUUUGGGACCGCCCCGUGUGAUCUCAAUUUCGGUACAUUUAUUUGUCUAGAAUAAUUAUUAUGAAGCUUAGAAAGUUUGUAUUUUAACUAGAGUUAAUUUAAAGAGUUUUGGAUUAUGAGAAAAUCAUCGAUGUAAAGUUUAGUUCUGGUUUGUGAUUGUGUUUUGUUAUUUCGACGCAUGCGCCGUGACUGUGUAAUUAAAAACUCAAAUGUACACUGUUUCAAGUGAAAAUGGCUAAAGCACAAAUAAUUUUAUGUGUUUUGGGAGUAAUUUGUUGUGCGGAUGCGUACAAAAUAUUAGUGGUUUUCCCUUUUCCAAUUCGGAGUUUGAACAAUUUGGGAGAAGGGUACGUUAGACACCUACUAAAGGCCGGGCAUGAGGUUACCUUUAUCACAGCAUUUCCUCUGAAAAAUGAGAAAAAUGAAAAGCUUCGACAAAUCGACAUCAGCAGCAACCAGCAAUUAAUGGUGUCAGGAGAUUCUACCUUCUCUAUCAAAAGUGUAAUGGAUGGUCAAAUACCGAUAAACGAUGUCAAAAUGAUGCAAGAGUUCGGACUAUAUUCCAGUAUUAAGAUGUUCGAACAUGAAAACGUGAAGAAGUUCUUAGAAGACACAAGCCAGCAGUUUGAUGCUGUGAUAGUAGAUCUGUAUGAGACGGAAAUAUAUUCUGGAUUAUCAGCUCUCUACAACUGCCCAAUGAUCUGGAGUUACUCUAUGGGCGCGCACUGGUUGGUUCUUCGACUGAUAGAUGAGCCGACAAACCCUGCCUACUCCGCCGACUACUUGUCAUCCAACGUGCUGCCUUUCACCUUCAAACAAAGGCUGGAGGAACUGUGGGCGCAGAUCUUAUGGACCUGGACGAAAUGGUGA